AUGGCGUCUAUCCUGCGGGCUUUAACGAACAACAUUCGGCGAACGCGACUGUCUUCCAGAGAACGCUCUACCGUUGCGCAUAUCCUUCCAACGGAAACUCCGAUCGAGGAAGAAACCUUACCACACUACAAAGCCGCGCAUUACUAUCCGGUGAGAAUUGGCGAUGUGUAUCACACCAGAUACGAAGUUGCGGGAAAGCUUGGGUAUGGGGCAUAUUCGACCAGCUGGCUCUGCCAGGAUGUUCAAGCCAAGAAAUACAGAGUAUUGAAGGUGUCGACCUCUUUGCCAGAUUACCCCACUGCAACAGAUCGCGAACUGCGAAUUUAUGAACACCUUGCAAACAUUGACUCUUCACAUCCGGGUCAGUCAUUGAUCCGCGAGCUAUAUGAUGCAUUCGACCUUCAAGGUCCUGGAGGCACACACCGGUGUCUUGUACUGCAACCGAUGAAUAUGACACUCCUUGAAAUGAUGCGAAUGAAUCCACAGCCAUUUGGUCUUCCUUUACUCAAAAUGACUGUAAAGCGACUUCUAUCGGCACUUGAUUUCUUGCACGCGGAGGCAGAGGUUAUUCAUGUUGAUCUGAAGACCGAUAACCUGAUGCUCAGCCUGGAGGACAGCUCCAUGCUGGCGGAUUUUGCAACAGCGGAAUCCGAAAACCCCAGCCCUCGGAAGGAGAUUGACCAGUCACGUAUUAUCUAUCGCAGUCGGAAGUUUCGGAGACCUACGGGAGGCAGGAACUACGGUCUUCCAGUCUUAUGCGACUUUGGAGAGGCAAGGAUUGGUAAAACACAGGAGUCAGGACCUUUCGUCCAACCACACAUAUACCGAGCGCCUGAGGUCAUUUUUGAAAUGCCUUGGGGGAGCGCUAUUGAUAUCUGGAACCUUGCUGGCCUUAUUUGGGAUCUGUUCGAAGGGCAGCAUCUGUUUGGAGAUAUAUUCGACCCCAGAGGUGGCCAUGAUCCGUUCAGACAUCUGGCGCUCAUGGUAGCCUUAGUUGGACCACCGCCGACUGAAUUCGUGCGGCGCAGUGAGACGACGGAGCAGUGCUUUGACUCGCGCGGUGAUUGGAUUGCGCAUCAUGAAGCGCCUGUGCCUCCUGUUUCACUUGAAACUCUAGAAACACGGCUUGUUGGCGAGGAGAAAGAGCUAUUUUUGGGAUUCAUUAGGUCGAUGCUGAAAUGGAUGCCGGAGGAACGCAAGACAGCUAAACAGCUGCUUGAACACCCAUUCUUACUCUAG